AUGCCAGCCUCUCGUGGUCUUGCCACAGGCACAACGGCGACAAAACUACCUCUGGACGGCAUACGAGUGCUCGACUUGACCAGAGUCCUGGCUGGGGUAAGCCUGCCAUAAACGCGAGGGGCGUUUUCGCCAUGCGUGCAGCUGACUCAUGUUAACGAUUUGUAGCCGUACUGCACGCAGAUUCUUGGUGAUAUGGGGUAUGCUUCCAGUCCAAUCUUUCCAUUUUCGCGUUGAUACUUCAACUGAUAGAGACAGGGCCGACAUCUUGAAAGUGGAGCAUCCGGUCAGGGGCGAUGAUACACGAUCAUGGGGCCCGCCAUAUGCACCGCGUCUCGACAACGCCGACUCGGCGAUCGGUACAGGGGAGAGUGCUUAUUACCUCUCCGUCAAUCGUAACAAGAAGUCACUAGCGCUAUCUUUCAAGGAUGAGAGAGGGGCAGAGAUACUUCGCAAUCUUUCGAAAAAGGUUGACGUCGUCAUUGAGAACUACCUGCCUGGCUCACUUAAGAAGUACGGCUUGGACUAUGAGACGCUGAGCAAGCUUAACCCUGAACUGAUCUACGCGAGCAUCACCGGUUAUGGACAAUUUGGUCCGUACAGCGAUCGAGCUGGCUAUGAUGUCAUGGUCGAAGCUGAGAUGGGGCUGAUGCAUAUUACCGGCCCUCGUGACGGACCGCCAGUCAAAGUUGGCUGCGCCGUGACCGAUCUUACGACCGGCAUGUAUGCGACUACUAGCAUUCUUGCUUCAUUAAUUGAGCGAAGCUCUUCAAACAUGGGACAACAUCUAGAUAUUUGUCUCAGUGACUGCCAGGUUGCAACGCUAUCGAAUAUGGCCCAGUCUGUGUUGGUAACAAACCAAAGAGACUCAGGUCGUUGGGGUACCGCGCACCCAUCGGUGGUUCCAUAUCGAUCAUUUAGGACAUCCGACGGUGAUGUGUUAUUCGGUGGAGGCAAUGACCGCCUAUUUGCCAUCUUGUGUAGAGGACUGGGCCGACCCGAGUGGGCCAUGGAUGAACGCUUUUCUACAAACACCGCGCGAGUUCAGCACCGUGAUAUUCUAGAAAAGCAGAUAGAAGACAUCGUAAUCACGAAGACUACAGAAGAUUGGCUCAAGAUCUUCAAUAACACCGGAUUGCCGUACGCGAAAGUAAACGAUCUCUGGGAUACGAUGCAUCACGACCAUGUGAGAGCCAGGAACAUGAUUGUAGAGAUAGAUCACCCUUCCUGUGGUCGAAUGGAGCUCAUCAACUCACCGGUCAAAUACUCACGUUCGCAGCCAAACAUUCGAUCAGCACCGCCCCUGCUAGGACAGCACACUGACGAAAUUCUAAGAAAAGAGCUAGAUCUAGACGAUACCACCAUCGCCCUAUUGAGAAAGGAAGAGGUUAUAAGAUAG